UAAUUCCAGUCUCCAUAUUUGGAUUGCUGUGUCAUCUGUCCAUGUCGUUUUCUUUCUAAUAUCGUUCUUUAUUUCUAUUUUUAAACUUGUGUAAGUUCUCUCGAGUUCCAUUACUGUUUUGUUUUGUUUUUUUUGGAACGUAUAACAAAAAACAUUCCCACUGUCUCAAAUCAAUCUCUCGUUCCGUAUUUAGUGCAGCAGAUUUCAGUGUAAAGUUCAGUGGCAGAAUUUACCCAGAAUGCAUUGCUGCAGUCUGUCUGAAGUCUUCCUUCCAAAACAAACCUGACUGAAGUGGGGCUAGAAGACUGGUGAAGAAAUAGUGGAGAAAAUACUCCAUUCUGUUGCAGUGAGCAAUUUAGCUAUGAUUUAGCACUUCAGCUGUGGCUAGCAAUAAGGGCAAACAGAGCAAGGUGGCUAACUCGCUGAGCAUAAACAGAAAAAACAAAAAUAAAACACAGGUUUAGUGAUUAUCUGUGCUCCUGAGCGUGACUGGGCCUUAGCACAAAUCAGUGUUCACUAUGUAGUGAUGACUGUAAGUGAGUCUGAACAUGAGACAUUCACUAUUCCACACUGAAGGGAAAUGAAGGCGUGAAGGUGUUUUAUAUUUCCACCAUAGAGCGUUAUGUGCUCGGCUCAGUGUCUGUAAUAAACAUGACUCGUUAAGGGCGUGGCCACGUGGGAUGGGGGCGGGGUCAUGGGGUCAUAAGUUUUUCCCCACCCUCACCCUACCGUCAUACUACUGAGCAACAAUGCAAGAGGCGAUUGUACGUUUUCUACCUAUGUCUGUGAAAAAACAGUAGAAAUCCUAUAGAAUUUGUAAUGGUUUUAAUGGUUUUAAUGGGAGUUGUACUGGUUUUAAUGGUCCCUGUGAGUCUCUACUGGUAAUUUGUUACCUUCUAUUGGUGGCAUGUUAUGUCUAGUGGAUACCAUUAAAGAUCCACGUCUUUAAUACGUCCUACUACAUAAUGGAAACCAUUUGUUAACAGUUUUAAUGGUAUUUGUAGUGCAAACCAUUACAAUUUCUGUGAUGCUUUCUAUUGUUUUUCAGCAGAGGGAGCAGUAGCAAAUAUUUCAAUUCUAUGCAAAUUAUGUAUGACGCUGGGUCGGAUGACUCCUUGGACGCAGUGCUGCGGAGCAUGUGGUGCGACGUUUCUUCAGUUCCCUGCUCACAACUUCAGCUCCUACCUGCAGCUAGUUCCUGUUUACUGUCUAACGUAAAAAUGGAACAAAAACUUUCAUUGUUUUUAUCUAAUCCUGUCACUAAAUGGAAAGGACACACCCGCAGAUUAUUCAGUUGUAAUUAAGUUCAGUGUUAUGUGUACAUAAACCUGCAUAAAGACGUUAUAACAGCUCAAAUACACAACUAAUGAAGCUCAGCUAAACAUCUGGACACACCCACUGGAGCCUUCCGGGUUAAAACUAGGAGUUUUUUAUUACAGUUAUUGAUUUUGAAGUUCUUUAGAGCCGAGAGGAAGAAGAUGGAGUAAAAGUGUGCGUUAUAAAUGGCUGUUGUUUAUAAAUGUGUUUAUUAAUGUGUUUAUUAAUGUGAUGGAAGAGUCUCAUUCCCUCAUCCUGAAGCCCUCGAGCUUCUGUAGGGUUUUAGGGUUUCUUUGACACUUUUAUUACUUAAAAACUAAUGUUCCUGUUUGUAAACACGCUUAUUUGUAUUUUUUUUUCCUCAAACUUUCCCAGUUUUUUUGAGAGUUUUCACAGUGUUUUCUGAGGAACAAACGUGACUUCCGCCACGACUCGGCUCCCAGCCGCUCUGACAACACGUAGUCAAGUUCAGAGUUUGAGCGGAAGUAAAAGCAGAGCGACACGCGUCAGCCAAUCAGAAGCCAGCAUGGAAUCCGUCCCACCAAUGAGAGAUCGCCGAGGCGGAGUCACGAGCGCUGUUGCUAGGGCUGUAGCUUCUACUUUGUUACUAUCACUGCCUGGCCAAUGAGACGCCAGCUCGUGAGGUAUCGAAAUGCUCCCUCGCGAGCUGCACCGGAUUGGGCGCGACGCGUCGUUUGUUCCUGCCCUUCGCCUCAUGCUGCGCUGUGAUUGGCCGGUUGAGCUGUCAGUCACGCUGAGGGUUCAGUUUAGGUGCCGUUGAUGGGAAUUUGGCGACUCGCUUCACUGCACAGAGCUGCCUGGCCAUAGCGGGGCGUUACCAACUUUUUUGUUUUUCUUUUAUUUUUUUUCCGUCUAUUUUUUUUCCACACAGAAUCGGUUUCGAUUCUUGUACUUUGUAAAUAUUCUCUCGGUUUUUGUAGCGGUUGAGUCGGAAUGGAGCUGAAUUCCCUUUUAAUCCUGCUCGAGGCUGCAGAGUAUCUGGAGAGGAGAGACAGAGAGGCUGAACACGGUUAUGCGUCAGUGUUACCCUACAGCUCGGACUUCAACAGGAAGAAAAAAACACAGCUGCUCUCGCGCAGACCGAGCAGCAGCAACAACAGCAACAACAGCAACAACAACAGUAACAGAUCGUCGCACAACGAGCUGGAGAAACACAGACGUGCUAAGUUGCGUCUCUAUCUGGAGCAGCUGAAGCAGCUCGUGCCUUUAGGACCUGACAGUACGCGACACACAACACUGAGUCUGCUCAAACGGGCCAGGAUGCAUAUCAAGAAGUUGGAGGAACAGGACAAGAAGGCGGUGAACGUGAAGGAGCAGCUGCAGAGAGAACAUCGCUACUUAAAGCGUCGCCUCGAGCAGCUCUCACUGCAGCGCACUCGCACUGACAGCAUGGGCUCUACCAUCUCUACUGACUCCGAGCAGGAGGUGGACAUCGAGGGGAUGGAGUUCACCCCCGGGGAUGGAGACAGCGUGGACGGAGUGAGCGACCCCGAGGAUCACUACAGCCCGUGCAGCUUUUAGGCCACGCCCCUCUGUCCAUCCUCCCUGCCCUCUCAGACAGGAAGUUGGCUGUUCUGUACUUCCUGUUCCUCCUGUACUUCCUGUUUCCUAUGUCCGUCUCUGAAGAACAAUCUGUGGUCCGAUCGUCCGGCUCUAACCUGUGCCUCUGCAGCUCCCGGGUGUAGGUCUAGUGAGCGAGUGUGUGUUAGAGACGCUGCCAUCUUAAAUCAGGCUGGAUCCGUGACCACGCCUCUGUGAGAUGAACGAAGUAGCAUUUAGCACACUACACCUCGCGCACUUCCUCUCACACUAAACAAAAAAAACUUUUUUUUAUAAAUUCCCAAAAUUAGCACUCAAAUAAGUUAGCGUCACUAAUAAUUAUUCAUCGCUGUGUGAAUUAGCAGUGUAACAGCUAGCAGAAAAAAACUCGAGGGUGGAUCAGUCAACAAGGGGCGGGGCUUAAGAUACAUUUCAUCAGCCUUGAUCAUGUGACAUCACCAAUCACAUUUAUUUUACUUCUUUAUCUUGACGUAAUAGUUAGCGUAAAAUUACAACAUAUAAUAGGUAGCUGAAAGCUAGCCUGCUAACUGCUUAGCAUAGCUAAGUAUAACGUUACCUCUUCAACAUUAUGUAGCUAGCUAGCGAUAACGAUUCCUGUGAUAGCAUAUAAUCGACACUGUGAUUGGCUGAUCAAAUUUAACUUAAGCUCCGCCCCAUUCACUGAGGCCUGAGGCGUAUCACUCAAAAAAAAAAAUUAAUUAAUAUAUAUAAAUAUAUAUAUAUAUAUAAGAAGUGUGUCCUGGCUCCCGGCCAAUCAGGAUCCAGCCUUUUUUUUCUCUCAGUAGCAAUGUGAUGUAGCAAUAACGACGCUGUGUGUGUGUGUAUAAUUCACUAACACACUCACACACACUCGACGCAGCGUACACACACACUCCUCACACACGGUGAUGCGUCAGAGCCGGAUGCUAGCUUGUAGCAGAGAUUAGCAUGCAGCUACAACACAGUGUGUUAAUUUGCAGUAUUCAUUCUGGACACACACACACACACACACACAUCUCUCUGUCUUUACUUUUAGCGUUAAUCGCCCCAAAAUUUCAGCAGAAAAAAAAAAAUCCCAGAAACGCGUCUUCACUGGUGGAGUGGGCGUGGCCUGCCCUGUGAUGUCAUACUUACACAUUUUAUACAGUGAUCGUAGCUACAAAGCUAGCUAGCUAUUUAUCUAUUCAUGAAUUCAUGAUUAGUGACAUCACCUGGGUGAUUCUAGAGAGCUAGCGGUAGAGGUGCGGUGUGUAUGAUGUCAUCAGGAUGGCCACACCCCCUCCACUCACUGGGUGAAUUUAAAAAAAAAAAAAAAAAACGAGUAUAUACAGCAUUGUAUAUUAAAUAGAAGUGUAUAAAAGUGUGUAGGUCACCGAGUGUGACUUUAGCUCUAUAUUUCUGUCAGAAUUUUUUUAUUCUAUUUUCCUAAAAUGCAAAAGACCAAAAAAAGAAAAUAUAAAUAUAAAUAUAAAUACGUACAUAUAUAGUUAUAUACAAGAGACGACAGGCCGAUCUCCGCCAUCUUUCUGUGCCUUGGUCAUGUCCCAUUCCUCUCCCCCUACACCCUACUCCCUACACCCUACACCCUACACCCUACACCCAACUCCCUACUCCCUACUCCCUACUCCCUACACCCUACUCCCUACACCCUACACCCUACACCCUACACCCAACUCCCUACUCCCUACUCCCUACACCCAACUCCCUACUCCCUACACCCUACACCCAACACCCUACUCCCUACACCCUACACCCAACACCCUACUCCCUACUCCCUACACCCUACUCCCUACACCCUACACCCUACACCCAACACCCUACUCCCUACACCCUACACCCUACUCCCUACACCCUACACCCAACUCCCUACACCCUACUCCCUACACCCUACUCCCUACACCCUACACCCAACACCCUACUCCCUACACCCAACACCCUACUCCCUACACCCUACUCCCUACUCCCUACUCCCUACACCCUACUCCCUACACCCUACACCCUACUCCCUACACCCUACACCCUACACCCAACACCCUACUCCCUACUCCCUACUCCCUACACCCUACUCCCUACACCCUACACCCAACACCCUACUCCCUACUCCCUACACCCUACACCCAACACCCUACUCCCUACUCCCUACUCCCUACACCCUACACCCUACACCCAACUCCCUACACCCUACUCCCUACACCCUACUCCCUACACCCUACACCCAACACCCUACUCCCUACACCCUACACCCUACUCCCUACACCCUACUCCCUACACCCUACACCCAACUCCCUACACCCUACACCCUACUCCCUACACCCUACACCCAACUCCCUACACCCUACUCCCUACACCCUACUCCCUACACCCUACACCCAACACCCUACUCCCUACACCCUACACCCUACUCCCUACACCCUACUCCCUACUCCCUACACCCUACUCCCUACACCCUACACCCAACUCCCUACUCCCUACACCCUACACCCUACUCCCUACACCCUACACCCAACACCCUACUCCCUACACCCUACACCCUACUCCCUACACCCUACACCCUACUCCCUACACCCUACUCCCUACACCCUACUCCCUACUCCCUACACCCUACUCAGGUCUACUUCCCCAGUUACACAUGGAGGGCGUGGCCAGGGCGUGUCCCAAUCCAACAUGUAGAUCUUUAAGGAGAGCCUGCAUCCCACGUCCUGCUGACUUCCCCUUACCCUCUACCCCCUUACACUCUGUCCUCAGGUGCACUUCCUCGAGUACACACUCGCUAACGCGCCUCAACAGAGACUUUGCCAAACAGGGCGUGGCUGGGGCGUGUCCCAAUCCAACACGUAGGCUGAACUCUCAUCACUCCUCCAGCGGUCAUGUCUUAUUCCUCUCCGUGUCGACUUCCCCUUACCCUCGAGCCCUACUCAGGUCUCCUUCCUGCACACACUCCGUCACAGCACGCUUCCUCAGAAGGAACUAAGUGAGGAUAUGCGGCUGGGGCGCGUCCCAAUCCAUCACGUGGACUCUUUAGGGCGCCUCCUUAAAUCCUGGUCCCUUUCAUACUCACUCCUGUGGUUAUGGUCUUUACUCUUAGUGCAGAGGAAGACACUGGGAGAAGAUCGAUCAUGGCAGCUCGGGCUCUUCCUCCCUCUCUCACCUUCUCCUAGUGCACUUCCUGCUAGUAGCAGUAGUAGUGUUAACUAGCGUUAGCACCUGCCCAGGGGGAUUGUGGGUAAUGUAGUCCCUCUGAUGAGCUUAGUGAAGGUAGUGUGUGACAGACUGGUCUGAGAUCAGUGUGAACGGGCAGCUUUCAUCACGAGGAACACACACACGCGCACACACACACACACACACACACCUCUCGCGCAGAACCUCUUGGUAAUGUAGGCGGGGCUUCAGUGAUGUUUCAUAUCUUAAAGAGACAGAAGCAAACUGUAGCCAAUCAGCUGAGACCAGUUUACUGUUUAUACUGAAGACAGAGAGACAGAGAGAGUGAGACAGAGAGACAGUGAGACAGUGAGAGUGAGACAGCGAGACAGAGAGAGUGAGAAAGUGAGACAGAGAGUGAGACAGUGAGAGUGAGAGACAGUGAGAGUGAGACAGACAGAGUGAGAGUGAGACAGUGAGAGUGAGACAGAGAGAGACAGUGAGAGAGACAGAGAGAGUGAGACAGAGAGUGAGAGUGAGACAGACACAGAGUGAGACAGAGACAGUGAGAGUGAGGCAGAGACAGAGAGAGUGAGACAGUGAGAGAGACAGUGAGAGUGAGACAGUGAGAGUGAGACAGAGACAGUGAGAGUGAGACAGUGAGAGUGAGACAGAGAGAGUGAGACAGAGAGACAGAGAGAGAGACAGUGAGAGUGAGACAGAGACAGAGAGAGUGAGACAGAGAGAGUGAGACAGUGAGAGUGAGACAGAGAGAGUGAGACAGAGAGAGUGAGACAGAGAGUGAGUCAGUGAGAGUGAGACAGUGAGAGUGAGACAGAGAGUGAGACAGAGAGAGUGAGACAGUGAGAGCGAGACAGAGAGAGUGAGACAGUGAGAGUGAGACAGAGAGUGAGACAGAGAGAGUGAGACAGUGAGAGUGAGAGUGAGACAGAGAGAGUGAGACAGUGAGAGUGAGACAGCUCUAAUACAUUCCUCAGUAAGGCCCUUAAGCACUUCCAGCUUUAUGUCACUGCACUUUUACUUUCAUCCUUUUAAUGUUUUUAAUGUUUUUAUUUUUAUUUUAAUUCUAACGCGUCGUCUUCCUGCAGCCUGUCAGCGCGACCAGAGCGGGGUCAAAGGUCAGGGGUCAGGAGGGUUCUGUGCCAGAGACCUGUUAAUACAGGAUGUGUAACUUACAUUCAGAGUUAUUUUUGUUUGUUUUUACACACACACACACACACACACACACACACACACACACUGGUGCUUGUGUACUGAACAGUGUAAUAUACAGAAAUAAACCUGAUUUUAUACA